AUGCCGCCGGCCGAGGGCGAGACGCGCGUGCAGGUGUCGAUUCGCCUGCGGCCGCGAGUCGCUGCGUUGGACGAGGAGGAGGGUGGGGGUGACGGGGAGCGCAUUGUGGUGGAGGGCAGCCGGUGUGUGUUCCGGCAGCACGCCUUCCAGUUUGCCAACGUCUUUGGCGCCGCCGCCACCAACGAGCAGGUGUACGCCGCCCACAGGGUGGCGGUCGCCGACGUGCUGCGCGGCUUCGACUGCACCCUGCUCGCGUAUGGGGCGACGGGCUCGGGCAAGACGCACACGAUGAUGGGCGCGGCCGAUGGGAGCGAGCCCGGCGCGGUGCCGCUCGCCGCCGACACCCUCUUUGACGAGAUCCUCGCGCGGCACGACGACUCCACCUCUUUCUCGAUCAGCCUCGCCGUGCUCGAGAUCCUCGAGGAGCGAUGCUUUGACCUGCUCCACGACCGGGCCACGGUGGUGCUGCGUUCCGGGGCGCCCGCCGGCAGCAAGGGGGGCGCCCUCCACUUUCAUGGCUUGGAGGAGGUGCAGGUGCGCAGCAAGGAGCAGCUGGUCGCGGAGAUAGAGCGUGGCAAGCGGGCGCGCACCCAGGGCGAAACCUACCGGCACGGGUGCUCCAGCCGCGCCCACACCGUCGUGCGGCUGCGCGUCGAGGCCGCACGCCUCAGCCUGUCGGACCUCUCCUCGGGAGUGCUGACUCUCGUCGACCUCGCCGGCUCCGAGGCGGCGACGCUCAACCGGGAGCGCCAGCGCGUGAGCGAGGGAAUCGCCAUCAACAAGUCGCUGCACUGGCUCAAGGCGGUGGUGCACGCCCUCGCCGCCCACAAGCCGGUGCUGCACUUUCGCAACUCUGCAAUCACGCGGCUGCUGCAGCCGUCCCUAGCCGGGCAGGCGGUCGUGGCGGUGCUCGUGACGGUG